UGGGCCGCCUCCCUCCGGGCGGCCUCCGGGCUGCCCCAGCCUAUAAAGGCCCGGGGUUUUCUCAAUGAAGCCGGGACGCACUGCGGGGUCGGGCCCAGCCGGGCACCCGGGAGUCAGGAGUCAGCUUGCCAACCGCGGUCCCCGCCGCCCCUCCGCGCCGAGAUGAAGUACAUCGUGGGCAUCGGAGGCAUGACCAACGGCGGCAAGACUACCCUGACCAACAACCUCCUCAAGGCGCUGCCCAACUGCUGUGUGAUCCACCAGGAUGACUUCUUCAAGCCCCAAGACCAAAUAGCAGUUGGGGAGGACGGCUUCAAACAGUGGGACGUGCUGGAGUCCCUGGACAUGGAGGCCAUGCUGAGCACCGUGCAGGCCUGGGUGAGCAGCCCCCAGAAGUUUGCCCGCGCCCACGGGGUCAGCGUCCGACUGGAUGCCUCAGACACCCACAUCCUCAUUCUGGAAGGCUUCCUGCUUUACAGCUACAAGCCCCUGCUGGACUUGUACAGCCGAAGGUACUUCCUGACCGUCCCCUAUGAAGAGUGCAAGUGGAGGAGAAGUACGCGAAGCUACGCGGUCCCUGAUCCCCCUGGCCUCUUCGAUGGCCACGUGUGGCCUAUGUACCAGAAAUAUAAGCGGGAGAUGGAGGCCAACGGUGUGGAAGUGGUGUACCUGGAUGGCAUGAAACCCCGCGAGGAGCUUUUCCACCAGGUCCUGGAAGACAUUCAGAACUCACUCCUGAACCGCUCCUAGCGAGGCCCAAGAGGAGGGGCCCAGCCCCCACUGCAGGGACCCACACACAGCUCCGGCCACAGCGCGGCCAGCGGGUGGCGCUGCAGCCGGACACCGCAUGACCAUUCCCGUCGGGAAGUCUUGUACAUAUGAGAGUGGACGCCCCGCUCACAGCCCAGCAGCUUGGGGCCCACGAUGCAUCCAUCCGUAACCUCGACGGCGGCUUACUUA